ACCCAGCUUCAGCUUGAACUACUGAACAAAUAACUGUGUUUGUACCACGGUUUCUGUUAGUAUUUGUAAAGGGGUCACUUUUCUUGCUUUUAAUAACGUGUUUGCCAUCCUUUGAUCGCUAAAGUGCUUUCUGUAUGUCUGCUCAGUGUAAAUGUGAAUGUAGCGAGCGGUCGGAGCGCAUAGGUUUGAGCUGGACGUCUGAGAAAGGCAUGCAUGGAAAGAAGAUACAGGAAGUGUGAGGAACCCGGACACACUAUGAAAGGCCCACAGACCGAGUGGCAACAUCUCCAAACUUGUCAGCACAAGAGGGUCGACAGCGUAGUCCUGCCCUCCACACUCCAUCACGAGAUCCACAAGGACGAGGCUGUUUUUCCUCUCGCACCACAUCGAGCUGUCAGGCCGAAGAGAGACGGACGGACCUGCGCAGGUGUCCCUGACCCUCACAUCAUCCUGAUACUUCACAUCAUCACGUCUCCGAGCGCAGUCAUGCCUGUUUCUGGGUGUGUUUGUGUCCUGAGCCUCUGCGUCCUGCUGCCGUCUCUGGUUCGCUCCGCUCCUGGUGUUGUGGAUGAAGUGGACAUGCAGGAGGUUCUGGAUCAGUUUCUGCAGGUGUUGAACUGGACGGAUCAGGGGCCCCGGCCGAGGCCCCGCACUGAACCACCCGAGUACAUGCUGGAACUGUACGAGCGAUUCACCAGCGACCGCAGCGCCGCGCCGUCAGCUAACAUCGUCAGGAGCUUCAGGAGUGAAGAACACACCUCACACGGUGAGAGCCUGCGGACGCACCGUCUGCUCUUCAACAUCUCUGUCCCGCGUCACGAGCGUGUGGUCAGCGCCGAGCUGCGGCUCCACGUGCUCCUCAAGACAGACUCGCAGCAGCGCACCGGAGCCGGGUGGAGGGUGAGCGUGUUCGAGGGACGCUAUGAGAGAGAUCCACUGGCAUUAAAACACGUGCAUCGCAGGGAGAGCGGCUGGGAGGUGUUCGAUAUGACCAACGCCGUCCAGCACUGGAGGAAGAUCAAUACUGUGACCCCCAGCCUGGAGGUCCGUAUCGAAAACCUUAGGAAUACGAACGUAGAUCUGGACAUCGACAGGGACCUGGAUGGAAAACACGAGCCUGCGCUGAUCGUCUUCUCAGACGACUCGAGUGAAAUCCAUCAACUCGAGAGGAACGAGGAGAACCAGCGCUGGUCAGAUGAGGAUCAAGACGAGACGCACUCGAACCUGAUCUACAACGACGGGCCGAGAGUCCGGCGCAGCGCUAAACGAGACGACUGCAGGAAAGCCGAGAUGUACGUGGAUUUUAAAGACAUCGGCUGGGACUCGUUCGUCCUGGCUCCGUCCGGUUAUCAGGCGUUCACCUGCCGCGGAGCGUGCAAUUAUCCUCUGACCCGAGAAGUGACGCCCACCAAACACGCCAUCGUCCAGACGCUGCUCAAUCUGAAGAGUCCUCAGAGAGCGGCGCAGGCCUGCUGCGUUCCCACCGAGCUCAAGCCCAUCUCCCUGCUCUACGAGAACGAGAACGGCGUGGUGGUUUUGAAUAAUAAAUACGAGGGCAUGGUGGUCAAGGAAUGCGGAUGCAGAUAGAAACUCCAAAUCACAAUAGUCUAUAGCAGUCGUUUCCGAACAGAACAUCCAGUAUCUUGUUGCCUCAUGUAUGUUUUAGUGCUGUCAAAUAAUUAAUCGCAUCCAAAAUAGACGUUUUUGAUUACAUAAUAUAUGUAUGUGCACUGUGUAUGUGACCCUGGAGGACAAAACAUAGCAUACUAAAUAAUUUGUAGCAAUAGUCAACAAUACAUUGUAUGGGUCAAAAUUAUCCAUUUUUUUAAUGCUAAAAAUCAUUAGGAUAUUAAGUAAAGAUCAUGUUCCAUGAAGAUAUUUAGUAAAUUUCCUAC